AUGGGCAAGCUCCCAAUAAAAAACCCCCUAAGUGAUAUCACUCGCGAGAACGCAAAGGCGGUCAGCGGUGAAGAAGAGGAGGAGGAGGAGGAAGAGAAGAGGACGACGUCGUCGGUGGUGAUCGCCGCGGUAGCGCGAUCUAGCGCGACGUAUGGCACGAUCGCCGAUCGCGAUCGUCGCGUGCUUAUCACCCACGACGAUGACGAUUACGAUGACAACAACAACAACAACGACGACGACGACAUCGCCGCGCGUCGUCCGGCGUGGCCGAGUCGAGCGCCGAUCGCGAAGAUCGGCAUUGUGCCAGAAAGCGUUCGGAGCGAUCACGGGCGACGCGACGUCGUCACGCGAUCACGAAGAAAUACGUGGCACGCGGAACGUAACGGCGAGGAGGAGACUACUGCUAUCGAUGCAUCGGCAGAUAUCAAUCUGAGCGAAUCGAUAAUCGCGAACGUUAUCGAUAAUAAUGAGAGCAGCCGUACGUUUGACGCGCCUGGCGCGUCUCGAGGGCACUGCCACGCAAGGAUCGCCGACGACGACGAUUGCACUUGUUGCGUCGCGAUCGAUGUCACUUCGUUUGACGCGCGAACGCGAGUUCGUCGUCACACAGUCGACCGACGACGUCGCGAACGAAGGAACUGGAGUCCGCGGGUCGGCGACAUUUCGACAAGCCGCGGCAAAUCGAUCGGCGCGUCUCCGAUCGAUAUCCGAAGGUUCGAGAGAAUACUCGAUAGUAGUACGAAGCGGGAGGAGCGGGAGGAUCGGUUUGCCAUUCCGAUUGUCGGUGGUAUUGCGGACAUUUCCAAGUGCAACGAAUGUAUCUUAUCCGACAGUACUGUAAAUAAUGCGAUAAGCAUAAUCGAGAUCCGAGACUCGAUCGGAAUCGAUUGUAGAAUUAACGCCGAACGUACUUGGAUCAAUGAUCGUGACUGUCGUCCUAGACUGAUCGGUAUUGUCGAGUCCUACGACGAGAAACGUAGGCCGUCGCACGUCGAGAACAGCGGCGACACGUUGUUCACCUCAAAAUUUCUCACGAAAGUCAACGCGACGACCAAGACGAACGUCGCGUGUUGGAGAUUACCGAGGCUCGGGCUCCGGGUUCUUCUUCUGGGAUUGCUCGCGAUGAGCUUGUUCUUCGACGCGGCGCUAGCCAUGCCGUCGUCGUCGUCGUCGUCGUCGUCGUCCGCUUUGGUGGAAACGGAGAACCUCGAGAAGUUAGACAUCGAGGAGUUAGAGAUCCCGAGAAACGAGCUCGGCGACGACGAGCUGGAGAUCAUCAGGAAGAGCAUCGUGCAAGGUCUCGGACUCCAGAGAAUACCCGAUCCUUCCAAGGCGAACGUGAGCCAAGCCGAGUAUGAGAGAGCGCACAGAGAGUACCUGAAACAAGUGCAGUCGCAACACGGGGAGCAGUCCAGAACACGGGUCCAGGAUCUUCACGUAUUCCAAACCUCAGAGCAUCCGGGAAACAGGUCGGGCGACGAAUGGAACGGAGGGAAUCACCGUCACUUCCUGUAUUUCCCCGUUGCAAUUCACGCGUCGGACGUCACGGUCGAUCACGCGUCUCUGAGAUUUCUUCUGCAAGGCGAUCACAGACGUCCGCGUCAUUUGGAAGCGUUGGUUUAUCUACGCACUCCCGUAUCGCGGCGUCUUCUGCUGCGGCGCACGCUUCACCACCGGGAACCGACGAACUCGCGUUGGCUGGAACUGGACUCCACCGAGGCGGCGGUCGGCUGGCUCGAGCGAGAUCUGGAGAAUCACGGCCUCGAGUUGGAGUUUCUUCACGACGGCAGAUCGGCGCGACGCUACGUCGCCUACGCGACGUUGAACGUGUUCACCAGUUCGUCGUCGUCCUCGUUGUUGUCGUCGUCGUCGUCGUCGUCGUCGUCGAUCGGCAGGAGGAAGAGAUCCACUCCCGAGGAGCUGAUGCCGCUGCACGAGGUACAGCGUAGCAAGUGCAAGGGCGAUAACAACAAGAAGUGCUGCCGGCACGAGCUCACGGUAAUGUUUAAGGAUCUGCCGGGGUUCGAGUUUAUCGUCGCGCCGAAGAGCUUCGACGCCGGUUACUGCAAGGGACGUUGUCCGCCCCGCUAUCAUCCGGCCCAUCAUCACGCGCUGUUGCAGAGCCUGCUGUGGAAGGAAAAUCGAAAACGCGUGCCGAAACCGUGCUGCGCGCCCAGCAAACUUCAGGAGCUGACAAUCCUUUACUUCGACGAGAACGAAGUGACGAAACUGCAGGUGUCCUACUGGAAGAACAUACAGGUGUUGGAGUGCGCCUGUUCGUGAGAAGGACAAAAAAGAAGAGCGGAAAAAAACAUGGUCCACCCGAACGUCGAGGACUCACCAAAGAAUCGUCCGAAUUGCGGUUCGGUGGUGCCGCACACGCACGCACAGUUAUCGGAUUAGAAGCGCUAACAAUAAUAAUAAUAAUAAUGCUAAUAGAUAUUGUUAUUCAAUAGAAAAAAAAACAAAAAAAAUAUAUAUAUAUAAUAACAGGACGACUAUCGUCGUCCGCGAGCGAUCCCAAGAUUCUUCUUCGUUGCUGCGAUCCUUCGAAUUUGUUUGUUUCUUUUUCUCUCCUUCUGUUUUAGAUUCAUACGAAUGUACCGCACACACGUACGCAUCACGGAGGCAUCACCGAACACUCAGACCCUCGCUUGGGGGGGGGGGGUCUCGCGCAUAUUAUUGACUGUGAUACUAACGAUAUUUACUUGUCAUUAUAUUCCUUAUUACGUAGCGAUCGCAUUUUAUAUAUCAGUAGGACAUUUUGCUAUUAAUUUUCAAAUUUUUCUUUUUUGGUUAAAAAAAAAAAAAUAAAAGCCAUAUAUAAUUAUGUACAUCUACAUAGAGCGCGCGCGCGCACACAUAUCUUCUAAUUAUUAAUUUAUUACAAUUAUCACGCGGUAGGCGAUUUUGCGAAACAAGCGGGUCGCGAGUGAAAAAAAAAAAAAAAACGCUCUGCGUUCUUUUACACACCCCGACGAUACCCGACGUC